AUGGGUGGCAAUCGCAAAGCGCGGCGGGCCGUGGGCCAAACCAGCACGACGAACACGAGCACAAACACAUCGUUCCAACCGACCACCGAAAUGGACGAAGAAGGCGUCGAGUUCAUUCUCCAGCACCCCGACCGCUCUGGCCCUAAAGGCAAGACCCUGUUUGAUCUGGCAGAAGAACGGCAAAGAGAGCUAGACAAGGAGACGGGAAGGCAGAGGCCGAGCACGGCAGGCUCUACCGAAGACGCGAACCCCAUCGGUCCUCUGGGAGAUGGCAUCCUCUAUUCAAUCUCCAUGGCUUCUCUUCAUGUGACACUGGAUGUCAUCGUCUUCAAUCAAUAUAGGGAAGCCAUCCUCUGGUCCGAAAUCUUCACGCGCGCCCUGUCCGCUCUACCCAUAUUCUUCUUGCUCGUCUACCUUACCCAUGUCGACACAGCGAAUCGUUUCCCUCUGUUACGCAAUCUGCUGUUCGCCAUCGGCGGCACUGCUGCAGGUUGCUAUCUGGUUUUCUCUGGAAAUAAGCAUGGCUACUACUACGUCAUGAAAGCCGCACCGCCUGUGGGGACCCUGUGGAUAUGGAGCGUGGUGGAAGUGGAUGUGCUAUACGCGGCGUUGAAUGCUCUCGCUGUUCUUGCAUUUGCUCAGUGGAAUCGACUCGCCUUCUUCUAG